AUGGUACUAAUGGCAGACAAUAUGAGCUCCAAUGGCUUCACCGCUGUGAACCCGACACCUGCCUCCUCGAUAGGACCAGCAUCCGCACCCGCGUCCUCCACAGCUGGCACCAAGAGGAAGCGCGAAUCCAAAGCUGCGCUCAAGUUCUACGCAGUCCGUGUCGGCAAGUCACCAGGCAUCUACCACUCCUGGGCAGAAUGUCUCGACCAGGUCCGCGGCUUCCCUAAGGCCAUGUUCAAGUCCUUCACAUCACUCACCGAUGCCGAGAACUUCGUCAACAACACUGGUGGCAGCUCCGAAGCGAAGGUGACCAAGUACUAUGGUGUGCAGAACGGCCGCAACCCAGGCGUCUAUACGAGCUGGUCAGACGUACUCGAGCAGAUCACUGGCUGGAAGGGACCGAAGCACAAAGGCUUCAAGACGAGGACAGAGGCGGAGCAGUAUGUCGCAGAAGGUCAGCGGCCAGCAUGUGAUGCAGACGUGCCCGUGGGAAGCAUCGAACCUGCGGAACCGCCGACGAAGAAGAUCAAGAGCAAGUUAAAGAAAGGCGGAGUCAAAGAUGAGAGUAGUCCAGCCCCGAUUAUGGAGCAGGGAGAGUACGAGCCGGGUGAAGCACCACUAGGAGAGGACGCAGAAGAUGGCUUUGACGACUCGAUUGUCCUAGACCACACUACCAAUGGAGCACGCUACAAGACACGGGAAGAGCGAGAGUCAUUCACAUACCAAGCAGUCCGCCCUGUCAAAGACGCACCCAUACGAAUCUAUACAGACGGCAGCUCUCUCGGCAACGGCAAGCUCAGCGCAUGGGGAGGUGUGGGAGUCUACUUUGGUCCAGGCGACAGACGAAACAUCAGCGAACCACUUUCAGGCACGAAGCAGACCAACAAUCGAGCAGAGCUCACAGCCAUCAUACGAGCACUUGAGGUCGCGCCGAAGGACAGACGAAUCGUCAUCGUCAGCGACAGCAAGUACGCCAUCGACUGCGUGACAGACUGGUUCGCCAACUGGCAGCGCAACGGCUGGGUCAACUCUGCUCGCAAACCCGUAGAGAACAAGGACCUCGUACAAAAGAUCCUCGAUAUGCUGGAGGAGCGAUUCCGAUUGAAUGAACAUCGUGUGGGAGACGAAAGCCCUAUCGACCCAGCGGACAAGCGAGCUCACUGGGAUCGCGGUCCAGGAGGCGUGAGGUUUGAGUGGGUGAAGGGUCAUGACAAGGAUGCUGGUAACACCGCUGCGGACAAGCUGGCCGUCGAUGGUGCUCGUAGUGCUCAAGAGCUGAGCCAGGACACGAGCUUGCAGGACUAG